AUGCUGUCUCCGUCAUGGUCGUUGGUUUGCUGCUCGCAUGGCGUUUCCAAAGUACUUGUAGCGAUUGACACAGGCGCGGUCACUGGAUUUUGGCCACGAUCCGACGCGGCAGAAGACAAAGACAACGACGGUGGCGGCGCGAUUCAACAGCAAGCAAUUUGGGAUUUACAUAGUCCUGCGAUCCAGUUCGUGGAACUACCAACAGCAACGCAGGCACUCGAGUCUGCUGGAUGCACAGGAGUUUUAGCACUGACACAGGACGGUACAGUUUGGAUCAUUCGUAUCAGCUGCGAGCAACCAAGAUUGGCCGCCAAACGUCAAAAAAUCGAGUCGAGUUCAUGCGAACGAUUGUAUCAAAACGCAUGGUGUAUUGUCGCAACAUUGAACAACAAAAGGAUACGCUUAUUACAGAACUUGCGAUGGGAAGGUACCGUCCAAUUAUUCAUUGUAUCGGGCAAUCGGUUAAUGUUUCAAGAAUUCUUUGUGCCUGGAACUAUUAACGAUGCUGCUUUCAUCAACAAUGCAAUACUUGUCAGUCUUAAAGACAAUGGUCAAGUGUAUUAUAUCGACUUUGGGUUCAAGUCUUCCUCUGCUACGACUGCUAGUAAUAAUGCAGUUCCUCUACAGUUGGUCCGUCUUGCUGACUUGGAUAAUCAAGUUGUACAAGUACAUGUUGGAAAAAAGUUUGAAAAAAACGGAACUAUUCUGGAAGUACUUAAGAAUGAUCAUACAAUGGUUACCGUUCGAACCCGCUUCAAAAAGGUGCAAAGAAACGUGAAUCAGAGCGCUGAACAUUUGGAGCAAGCUAUCCAAGAAGUUUUAGAAGAGUUGACACAACUUGAAAAGCAGCAAAAGGAGAUUGAGGCAUAUGCUGAAACCUUAAAUGCAAAGCUGACUUCUGUGAACCGAACAAUCUAUGCGCUCCAAAGGAUCAAGGCACAGAAACAAAGAAUGAAAGAGGAUGAACGAUCACCAUUUCAAUGUGAUGUUCAACCGCUGGUGAUACCAUCUUCCAGCCAGCACUACACGGGUCGUGCAAGCUGUGCUUUACGGAUACGGAUACAUACAUCUAUGGAUUUAGACUGGGACAAGUGGUACCUACGCGCAGAUAUAUCAAACCAGCCAACCGUGCUUCAAGAAAAUAUCAACAAGGAAUUAAACACACCAAGCUCAGAGGAUGGACUAACCAUGCUGAUGCCGCUAGCAGGACUUUCCGAUAACCAUAUAUGGGAGCGGGACAUUCCAAUUGAUAUCGAACGACUGUUUCUACCAACUCACGUGAAUCUAAGUUUGUCAACGUGUAUUGAUACAGAUCAGGUUGGACCAAGUAGAAAUAGCAGCAGUAGUACAGAAGGCAAACCGUUCAUGUUUCACCUAUCGGAGGUGACAUUGGAUGAUCUGCAUUUUGUCACGCCAUGUCCGGAUGCCGUGCUAAAAUCGUUAGAGAAAGAUGGGAUCUUUGAAACGAGCGCACAGCUCUGGAAUGAGUACAAACACAGAAAGUUGCUGGACAACACCAAUCGAUACCCACUUGCUCGUCUUGAGAAGUACCAUGAGCAAGAAAAUAAUAGUUGGAUACGCAAUGAUAUGGACAAGACGGAAAUUCGGCUCGAGGUUGCUGUCAAACCGGAACUAAUGACAUGGGACGAAACAUACCAGCGGAUCAUUGGUACAUUUCUUAAAGAAGGGCACACACUGGAAGAAAUGCAAAAGAUCAUGCAAAAUCAGGAACAGGCGGUUUUUACAUUGGCAGCAUACCCUGAAAGCCCUGUCAUUGUCAGCUUAUCAAAAGUCAUGCAAUCAUCAUCAUCAUCAUCGGCAUCCAUGAUGUCCUGGACGUCGUCAAACAAGGUACUGGCUAUCCUGACAGUUCAAUGUGUGCACCCUGUUGUCUUGUUAAAAACUGAAGCAGCGCUAUUGACCCGGUUACAAUAUCUUUUCGAACCUGUGCCAUAUCAAGGUAUUGUUAUCGAAUCCCUCCUUUUCAAACUCGUUAUGGUGCCCAUCGUCUCUGAUCAUAUCAAAAGUCCCAAGAUCAACAAUUAG